CUUUGUCUGUGCGCCUUUCUCUCCCUCUCCCUCUCUCCCUCCCUGUCUCUCGCACUCUCGCUGCUCGCUCUCGCUCGCUCUCUCUCGCUCUCCCUUUCCCGUCUCUGUGGUUUGUAAGGUAGGUUGCAGUGUGUGUAUAUACACAACAUCAAGAGCAGGAAAAUGGACUCAUUAGGGAGGCAGGCAGUCAUUACCACUCACACUGUACUUCCAGGGAGACAGCGACUAUGAGGAGACAAACUGAGGACUGGGGAACAAGCACUCCAAAUAUGAAGUGAGGAGUACGCUCAGCUUUGGUAAUCCUACAUUAUCUGUAAACCGCUGGAAGCAGAAGGGGAAAUUGCACAAGGUGAGCCAGCAGCAUAAGAAAGAAGUUUUGAGAGCUGCUCUUAACUGUUUUGGAGUCCAAAGCCAAAAGGGAACUAGAGGGCUCGACGCAUCCUUUACAUCCUGCGUUUACUCUGACCACAGUCCCUCCCUGUUCUCACAAGUGGAGCUCAGCCCUGCUUCUCUUCCUGUUGAUUCCCAGUCAGCUACAUGACUGCCUGAAGUUACAUUGUAGAUGCUGAAAUCACUGCACCUUAAAAACAAAAAGAUUAAGCUGCACUGCGUUCCUCAGUGGUUGGCAGUUUUCCUCAACUUUGCAAGAGAGAGAGAGAUUUGGUUGGAAUGAAACCUCGCUCUCCAUACAGCCUGCUUGAGACGCAGCACUGAAAGAUAGCCCACGAUCAGUUUGUCGCCUUCCUCUGAAGGAACCUUUCCUGUCUCUUCUACACAGCCUCUCUCUGUUCCCUGCCCCAAUGAACGUCUGCACUAGGUCCAAGGCUUGGAGUAAUUUACCUGAAGAGUGAUACCAUUUGGAAACCACUGAUCUGAAAAGCCGGAGGUUUUUUUUGAAUUAUAUACAGUCUCUGUGGAUUACUAAGUCUACGGACGAACUGUACACCGGAAGAAACCCAAGACAGCUGAAAACCAGAAGGCGUCUGAGGAGAAUGAGAUUACUCAGACGGGUGCAUGCAACGCCAAGCCGGGCCUUCCCUGCUUGAACUUUGAAGCUGUUCCGUCUCUGAGCCUGGCCCUCAUCCACUCACCACAUUCACCAACGAACCUGCACGCACACACAGGGUCAUCUGAUUGUAACAUCAGUUGCAAGGGGAUGACAGAGCGCAUUCAUAGCAUCAACCUUCACAACUUCAGCAAUUCUGUGCUCGAGACCCUCAACGAGCAGCGCAACCGUGGCCACUUCUGUGACGUGACGGUCCGCAUCCACGGGAGCAUGCUACGCGCCCACCGUUGUGUGUUGGCGGCUGGCAGCCCCUUCUUUCAGGACAAGCUGCUGCUGGGCUACAGUGACAUUGAGAUUCCCUCAGUGGUGUCAGUCCAGUCUGUGCAAAAGCUCAUUGACUUCAUGUACAGCGGGGUGCUGCGAGUCUCACAGUCGGAGGCCCUCCAAAUCCUCACAGCUGCCAGCAUCCUACAGAUUAAGACUGUGAUUGAUGAGUGCACAAGAAUUGUCUCACAAAAUGUGGGAGAGAUCUAUCCGGUGAUUCAGGAUUCUGGCCAGGAGACACCUAGGGGAACACCUGAAUCAGGCACCUCGGGGCAGAGCACCGACACAGAGUCUGGCUACCUGCAGAGCCAUUCGCAGCACAGUGUGGACAGGAUCUAUUCAGCCCUCUAUGCCUGUUCCAUGCAGAAUGGCAGUGGGGAGCGCUCCUUUUACAGUGGAGCUGUGGUCAGCCACCAUGAAACAGCCCUGGGGCUCCCGAGGGACCAUCACAUGGAAGACCCCAGCUGGAUAACCCGAAUCCAUGAACGAUCGCAGCAGAUGGAGCGGUACCUUUCCACCACUCCAGAGACAACACACUGCCGCAAGCAACCACGCCCUGUCCGAAUUCAAACCCUGAUGGGAAACAUCCAUAUUAAGCAGGAGAUGGAGGACGACUAUGACUACUACGGCCAACAGAGGGUGCAGAUCCUUGAGCGCAAUGAGUCUGAGGAAUGCACUGAGGACACUGACCAAGCAGAAGGCACUGAGAGCGAGCCCAAAGGGGAGAGUUUUGACUCGGGAGUCAGUUCCUCCAUUGGCACUGAGCCCGAUUCCAUGGAGCAGCAAUUUAUGGCUGGUCUGGGCCGGGAUGGGCAGCAAGAACCUUCUCAAGCAGAUCAAAAUGACGUCCCUGCUGAUGGCACUCAGCCGCAGCAGCAGCAGCAGCAUGUAGAUGCCAAUUCUUCCUCGCCAGAGAGAAAUAAUGACGUUGAAAUGGACAGCAAAGUGCUCACAGUCAAUAACAGCAUCGAAAAGGGAGCUUUGCAGCCUUCUGUCAACACAACUGUUGCCCAACCAUUGCCAACCACACAGAUCUACUUACGCCAGACAGAAACCCUCACCAGCAAUCUGAGGAUGCCGCUGACUCUGACCAGCAACACUCAGGUCAUUGGCACAGCUGGCAACACCUACCUGCCUGCCCUUUUCACCACACAGACUGCUGGCAGUGGCCCUAAGCCUUUUCUCUUCAGCCUGCCCCAGCCUUUAGCUGGCCAACAGACACAGUUUGUGACAGUGUCCCAGCCUGGCCUGUCAACAUUUACUGCCCAGCUGCCAGCCCCACAGCCCUUGGCCCCAUCUGCGGGCCACAGCACAGCAGGUGGGCAAGGCGAAAAAAAGCCUUAUGAGUGCACUCUCUGUAACAAGACUUUCACCGCCAAACAGAACUACGUCAAGCACAUGUUUGUACACACAGGUGAGAAACCCCACCAAUGCAGCAUCUGUUGGCGCUCCUUCUCCUUAAAGGAUUACCUAAUCAAACACAUGGUGACACACACUGGUGUAAGGGCGUACCAGUGCAGUAUCUGUAACAAGCGCUUCACCCAGAAGAGCUCCCUUAAUGUGCACAUGCGCCUCCACCGUGGGGAGAAGUCCUAUGAGUGCUACAUCUGCAAGAAGAAGUUCUCCCACAAGACCCUGCUGGAGAGGCAUGUGGCUCUGCACAGUGCUACCAACGGCACACCUGGAGCUACUGGCACUGGCACGAGGGCUGUUCCUGCCGGGGUGGUGGCCUGCACGGAGGGGACCACGUAUGUCUGCUCUGUCUGUCCAGCUAAGUUUGACCAAAUUGAGCAUUUCAACGACCACAUGAGGAUGCAUGUGUCAGACGGAUAAGUAGAAUCUCUCUCUCUCUUUGUUAUGAACAAAAAAAUAGAAACAACAAAAAAAGCUAUGGCACUAGAAUUUAAGAAAUGAUUUUUGUUUCAUUUUUACCUUUAUUUUCCUCCUUUUUUUGGGUUCGUUUAGUUUUGUUGUUUUUGUACUACAUGAAGAACUGUUUUUUGCCUGCUGGUACAUUACAUUUCCGGAGGCUGGGUGAAUAAUAAUUUUCCCAGUCUCCCUUGGAUGGUGGCCUUAAGGCCAGGUAGUGCUUCAUGAGAUCUACUGGUUGGAUCUCUAGCUACUGGCCUCUAAAUACAACACUUCUUUACUACAAAAAACAAACAAACAAAAAAAAAAACACACAAAAAAAAUCAAAAAACAGACAGAAAAAAAAUAAAAAAAGAGCAAUUUCUUUUUUUCUCACUUGUGAAGAGCACUACAAAAAAACAGAAACAAAACAAAACAUAUUACAAGUCUACAAGGCCUACUGUCGUUAUAAGUACACCGCUCGCAGUGUUUCAGUGGACAUUAUUCACAAUGCUGACAGCUUUUGGACUUCGCAGUAUCCAGAUAGAACUGUGGAAUAUUUUGCUUCUGGUUGAGCAGUAACCAGAGGAAACAAGGCCCUGCUGGUUUCCACCACGUGUCUGCUUUCUCUCUCACACACACACACACACAUUCACAAACACACGAAAGGGCUGAGGGGAGUGCAAGGCAGUGUGGCUUGGAUAGUGUGGAGUCCCUGCAGGGUGAGCGAAAAAGAAUCAGAGGUUCCUCACCUGGAUUCUGCUCCUUCCCAUGCUCUCUGGCGCACCCUCCCCGCUGCUUUUCCCAUACCACCACCUUACAGCAGAAACCAAGAAGAUUCAGACAACGAGCAACGGUGGCUUUUUUGUAAUUUAUUCAGUGUCUUUGCUGAGCCCAGGGCCUCAGCACAAUCAAGAGGGACUUUCACAGAAGGCAAAGAGAAACACAGAGGAAAAUCAAAGAUAUCAGAGGUUGCAACCUAUGGAUCUAGGUACAAGAGAAGGGUUAGUUCCCACAAUCUUUGCAAAAAAA